ACCCUUACUGGACACUCUCGAAACAAGGGGUGGUAACAUAAUGUCAGCACCCGCAGCCUGGAAGCCUCAUGAAAGCCUCACCCAGGCUCCCACCAACCUGAAGGAGGCCAUUGACUGGGUCCUAAGGGUAACUGGUAAGGAUGGUAAGAAGAAUGAGAAGACGGCGCCGGCGGCGCCGCCAAGCACAGAUAAUCCUCCCCACUGUUUGUGCUACCUUGCCAAGGCAAUAAAGGACCUACUGUAUGACGCCAAGGACCCGGGGUCCCCUGGUCCAAGCACUCACAGGUACUGGGAUGACCUGCUCCUAGAGCAGGAGAAGACAUUAGUGCUACCAGUGCUCACUGACCUGGGACUCCUUAGUGGCAGCACUAGUGCUGCCAGUAGUACUUGUGCCGGUGGCACCGAGGUCAUAAGGACACUGAUAGACCACUUGGCACUGGGACUACAGAAGUGGGUUGGGUGGAAGGAAGGGGAUACUUGUUGUCUUAAGGGAACAGAGGGUAUAGGAGGGCAGUGUAAAUGUACAUGUACUGGUGGUGUUGGUGGGUGUUGUACCGGUGGUAGAGGUACUACUACCUGUCAUGAGUGUAGCCAGUGUGGUACCGGUGCCAAUGGUGUUGGUAACAACAAAUGCUACCUCUCGGCCUACUGCAAAAAGAAUACCGCUAGUAGUGGUUCCAGUCCCUCCACAGAUCCCUUCCUUUGGACCUCCAUAUCCAGUGACUCCACUAAGGUCCACCUCCUGGCCCGUAUUUUCCUAGGGUCAGUAUGUCUCAUCUGGAGUGGACUCAGUCAGUUGGGGUUCCUGACGUGCAACGCUAAGGGCAGCGAGAGAAGGUGGGAGGAAAGUAGUUUGAACAACAUAGAGAAUGCUGAGAAUAAGGGACUUGCAUCAUUCAUGGCGGCCAUGGGCUAUGACCUGGAUAGGAUUAAAAAUGGGACUGGAUACGUCGUGUGGAAAAUACUUGCGGGUAAAGAUAAGAAAAAUAGCAUCCCGUGGAAAGAAUUUGCCUCGUUAGGUGACAAGACUGGUGAUAGUGUAGCUGAGUACUACAGUAGUAUCUAUGAGAAUGCCAAGGAAGCACUGAAGAAGGACAAUAAAACUGAAUCCAUCUGUGAGCAGUACCCCCUAUUGGUACUCCACAUCCUGGCAAGUGGGUACUUCCGGGCAGGUAGUGCCGGGGCCAAGGGAAUAACUACUCUGCCGGCGAAGCCGGCCACUAGUGCUACAAGUGCCACUCCUGUCUCUAGGAAACCUAGGACCAUCCGGGAAAUCCUAUACUGGCUCAGUGCAUUGCCAUAUAGUCAGGGGUACAGAGAGCUGGUGGAUAGGAUGCAAGGAAAGAUGGAGAGUGGCACACUCAAUCUAGAAGGAGAUAGCUAUGACAAAAAGACAGAACUCAAGAGGGACUGUAUUACCCACUACCUAAUGGCCGCCUGUGGCUACUGCCCACUGGUGCUCAUCGGUAUCCAGGGGACCAUCAAUACCAGUGGGACUGACAGUGACAGUGCUACACCAAGUCAGAACAAGCAAUGUCACGACUUCCUAAGUACUCUGGAAAGCAUCAUUAAAGAGGACAAUAACACUCCCUUCAAUAAACUCAUUAAAGAAAUCAAUAAGCUCAUCUACACCACCAGGCUGCCCUGGAUCUUUGUGCUGACCAUAGCCUGGCUAGUAGCGGUACUCUACCUUGCCUUUGGUGCCAUAUGGCCACUGGACUGGACACAUAUGAGGUCGCAUUGUAGGGGAUGGUUCAGGAAGGGAAGUCUGAGUCCAUGGGAGGUACUGAUGGUGGGUAGUGAGAAGAAGUGUCACGAGUUCCUAAAAACACUAGAGGCUGUCCUCAAGGGUAACCACCUCAAGACAGGCAUCGGUGCUAGUGGCCUCCACCAUGAAAUCAACCAACUCAUCUACACCACCAGGCUACCCUGGAUCUUUGUCCUCACGUUAGCCUGGCUAAUAGCGGUACUCUAUCUAGCACUUGGUGCCAUAUGGCCACUGGAUUGGACACAUAUGAGGUCGCAUUGUAGGGGAUGGUUCAGGAAGGGUAGUCUGAGUCCAUGGGAGAUCUUGAUGGUGGGUAAGAAAAAGGGGAGAAGCAUAGUGGAGUAUUUUGGUGGGAGGUAGUGUAGGGGUGGUGAAAUGAAAAAGGACAAUAGUACACUAA